CCAGACUGAAUUGGUACCCUACCUGGACAAAGCUCAGCAUGCCCAUGAGGAACCAAGCUCAGAUAGCCUUCAUCCAGGAUGUGAGCCAGCUGUCAUUCAGGAGGUUUCCUGCCAGGUUAAAACUAGACGUGCUGAUGGAUAAAGACCCGGGCUUCCUGGAGGCAGACAGUGAGGAUGAUGACGAUGCUGGUCAGGGGGGGACUGUGGAUGGUCUGCCCACCAGUCAGCCCCAACCAGUCACAAACCAAGUCCAAAGGGAUGAGGAGGAGAUGCUGAUUGAGGACUACAUCAGUGACUGAGCUAGGGAUGUCACUGAAACACAAAGCUUCAAGUUUAGGGAUCAUAGCAGCAUUUUCUAUUAAAGCCAGACCAAGUCGUGGUUUUUUUUCACAUGUCUUUUUCCUCCUCUGGAGGGUUGCUGAUGAUCUUAUUAGUUAUUGUGUUUCAUUUGCUGUGUCCUCUUUGAAGCUUUGGUAGAGAACUGUGAAAGCUGUGACUCCUGAAGUACAUUCUCAUUGACUUUCAACAGUAUUUAUUAAAGUGAGAAUUCUUUCCUGUUUCUGAGCCUUCAGCUGAUUAAAUGCUGUUGUUUUUGUACAGUUUGCUGCAGUCAUAUUGAUUGCUUAUUUAACAGACAUGUUGAAAUAAAAUGUGUGUUCCGCUGAU